AUGUACCGGGCGGCGGCGGCGGCCAUCUCGAGGUCCUCCUCAGCGCUGCGGAGGCAGCUCGCGCGGGGCGCGGGCGGGGAGCCGCCGCGUCUGUUGGCUCGGGUGUAUGCGGCCACGGCGAAGGAGGUGUCCUUCGGCGUUGGCGCCCGCGCCGCCAUGCUGCAGGGCGUCAACGACCUCGCCGACGCCGUCAAGGUCACCACGGGCCCCAAGGGGCGCACUGUGAUCAUCGAGGGGUUCUGUAAAGGUCCCAAGGUCACGAAGGAUGGGGUCACUGUUGCCAAGAGCGUGGAGUUCGAGGAUAGCGCGAAGAAUGUUGGGGCGAAUCUGGUAGCAACCAUUUCUGCAAAUGGUGAAAAGGAAAUUGGAGAUCUGAUAUCAAAAGCUAUGGAAAAAGUUGGAAAGGACGGAGUCAUUACUAUUGUUGAUGGCAAAACAUUGGACAAUGAGCUUGAAGCGGUACAGGGAAUGAAGCUGUCCAGAGGAUACAUAUCUCCUUACUUUGUGACUGAUCAGAAACUCAGAAAUGUGUAA